GCCCGCAGCACCCCCUGGCGGAGCGGGGCAGGAGCGGCGCGGGAUGCGCGGGGCGCUGCGCCUGGUGCGGUUCCGGGGGGCCGCGGGCGGGGGGCCCCGGCUCGGCCUGGAGGAGGCGCCCGGGGGGGACCUGGUGGAUCUGAGCGCGGCCGAGCCGGAGCUGCCCCGGUCCAUGCGGGAAUUCCUGGAGAUCGGCCCCCGCGGGCUGGAGCUCGCCCAGAGGGCGCUGCGCUCGGGGCAGCACCGCGUGCCCCGGGGGGCUGCGCGGCUGCUGGCGCCCGUGGGGGACCCGCAGAAGGUGAUCUGCGUGGGGCUCAACUACCACGACCACUGCCGCGAGCAGGCGGCCAAGGUCCCCAGGGAGCCCCUCAUCUUCAGCAAGUUCCCCAGCGCCAUCGCCGGGCCCUUCGAUGACAUCGUGCACCCGCAGGACACCAGCGAGCUCGACUGGGAGGUGGAGCUGGCUGCCGUCAUCGGGAAGAGGGGGCGGCACAUCGAGGAGUCGGUGGCCCUGGAGCACGUGCUGGGUUUCACGGUGGCCAACGACGUGAGCGCCCGGGACUGGCAGAGGCGCAACGGGCGGCAGUGGCUGCUGAGCAAAACCUUCGACACCUUCUGUCCCCUGGGGCCGGCCAUUGUCACCAGGGAGGCGGUGCCAGAUGUGCACAACCUCUGGAUCCGCUGCAGCGUCAACGGGCAGCGCAUGCAGGACAGCAACACCCGGCACCUCAUCUUCGGGGUGCCCGCCCUCGUGGCCUGGGUGUCCCGGUUUGUGACACUGGUCCCUGGGGACGUCCUGCUGACGGGGACCCCCGCGGGAGUGGGGCUCUUUCGCCAACCGCCCGUUUUCCUGAAGCCCGGUGACGAGGUGCAGUGUGAGAUUGAGGAGCUGGGCACCAUCUGCAACAGGGUGGUGUGACGGUGGAGAGGAGCCCCAGGACCCACCUCCCCCAGGGGGAUCAAUAAAUCCACAAGCCUCUGCUCUCUGUGCCCUGUUUAUGGGUCUGG